CUCAACUAAUCCUGGCCAGGUCUGACACAGGGAGCAACUGACAUGUCGCAGUUCUGAUUGCAAGCCACAACAGGAGGUUAGCAGCCGGGGCUCCCAUGCACUGAAAGAAGAUAGAUCAGUUUUGUUCGGUGUUUGUCACAAUAGUUGGGAUGUUGCAGGUCCAAGAGAAUAGGUGUUUCUAUGCUGUGGAAUUCUGACUUUGAGCCAGCGUGUGGGAGAUCCCAUCCAGCGGCAUUUGUGUGGAGUUACUACCCAGUCAAAACUUCCUCACACACCGUGUCGAUUGUAAUUUCUUGAAAGCUGGUUUAGCUCCAGCUUUUAAAGUGACUCAAGCAGAGUGGAAUGUUUUCCUUUGGGUUGGGAGACUGCAACACCCAAUGAGACUCCUGAGAGUUAAAAAUGUUGGUGCAGUCUGACAGGCCACUGUUCUCACUGAACAGCAGCUUCCAGUGUAAGGCUGAUUCUCUCCCAGGGGGCCCGGGUGACAGAGAGUUUCAGAGCAGAUAACAAAUCUACAGUGAAUGAAUCCGAUGGUUUUGGUCUCCAAGCUCCUCCUGAGCCCAAACUGAAUUCAGACAGUAUGGCAGCUGCUGUAACUGGAGACUGUGAGGGCACUGACAGAGAGCUGGUGAUGGACCACAACAAAUUGGAGCACAAGAGGAUAUUGCAGGAAAAAACUGACUAUGAUGCAAACUCAUGUCGCUGCUAUCACUCACCCAAUGAACAGGCUGCAGAUACUCAAAUUGCUGCCAUGUCUGAACAGGUAAAUAUGACUGGUGUCUUGCAGGUUAAAUUCAAGAGUUUGAUAGAGGGCCGGGCGGGACGCCUCCGGAAGGAGACCAAGCCCAGUGACGUUGCUGAUUUCUCCGGAAAAUACUCAAGUGUGAUGGUUGAUUCCCCACUGCACUCCGUCAAUGACAGACCAAGACGCCCCAGGAGUAUUUGUGUCCCAGAAAACAAGAUUGGGUUAUUCCCAGAACUGGAAUCACAGUCACUGGUGCCAAUUGUGAGGAGGAGAGGGAUUGAUCCUGAUUCAUUGUGUAAAGGGGAGCAUUCUCAGCACCACAAUGAAGCAGCAGUAGGAACUGUACAGCCUCAAGCAUGCAUUCUCCGUCCUGGGAAGAAGGAACUACGUCGACCCCUUAGUAUGAGUUUCCUUGAGGCAAUCAGAACUCCCUCCCACGCUGAGGCUGAGGUACCAGACAGUGAAGCAGCUGAACGGACUGCCAGUGCCACCAGAUCUGACGGCCCAAAUUUUUUGCGAGCUGGCUAUCGAUGGUCCAGUCACCGAUGGGUUAGCUCAGCUGGGAAGACGAUGAGUACAAAAGACACAGCGAGUGAUCACAAAACUCCAAACUCCAAAAUAUCCCUCAAAUCACUAAAAAGAAGCCUGAGCUUUCGAAUUAGGAGAGGAGAGAACAAAAAGGAAUGUGAGACAACCAGGUGCAGGACACAGAGUGUUGGAGAAUCCUUCCGCCAAAGACUGAAGUCACCUGUAAGUGGGAGCUCAUCUUCCCCAGAGACAUCAAACCAAGAGACGCCCACCUGGCAUAAGCAAGAUCAGAGUUACCAGGUGCAUCUAACAUCUCUUAUAAACACCUCCUCAGCCCCAACAGUGAAGCCAGCAUACUCACCAAAACAAAGCAUUGAAGCAAACAAUUGGUGGAAGUUUCUGACUGCUCAUUUUCGCAAAAAGGAUUCACGUGUGAACAAAAACUCUUCAAAAAAUGAUAGAUUGGGAUCUGAGAUGCAGAGGAAUGGCUGGACUUCACCAAGCGAGGAACAGAAUAUGGCUUCGUGUGGGAUACUUGAAUCUUGCAACAUCCAUGAUCCAUUUAUGGAGAGCUAUCAUCAUCUGCCCAGAAGUGAAAUGUCAUCACCAUCAUCUGAAGAUUCAUUUGUGAACAGCCAGGAGUGGACGUUGAGCCGCUCUGUCCCAGAACUGAAAGUGGGAAUCGUGGGGAAUCUAUCGAGUGGGAAGUCUGCCCUUGUUCACCGGUAUUUGACUGGAACCUACGUGCAGGAGGAGUCCCCUGAAGGUGGCCGUUUUAAGAAGGAGAUUGUAGUUGAUGGACAGAGCUAUCUCCUGCUUAUCCGGGAUGAGGGAGGACCUCCGGAGGUGCAGUUCGCAACUUGGGUGGAUGCUGUGAUCUUUGUCUUCAGUCUUGAGGAUGAAAUCAGCUUUCAGACAGUUUACAAUUAUUACAUGCGACUCUCCAGUUACCGUAACACAGCCGAGAUUCCAAUGGUACUUGUGGGGACACAAGAUGCAAUCAGUGCAACAAACCCUCGGGUUAUCGAUGAUGCUCGAGCACGGAAGCUGUCCAAUGACUUGAAGCGAUGCACGUACUACGAGACAUGUGCUACCUAUGGACUGAAUGUAGAACGGGUCUUCCAGGAUGUGGCUCAGAAGAUUGUGGCGUUACGUAAGAAGCAGCAGUUAUCGAUUGGACCCUGCAAAUCACUGCCAAACUCUCCGAGUCAUUCCUCCGUUCCAACUGCCUCCAUCCCAUCUGUGCACAUUAACCAGGCUGCUAAUGGAGGGGUUUUCAGUGACUAUUCUUCAUCUGUGCCGUCCACACCCAGCAUGAGCCAGAAGGAAUUGCGAAUUGAAACAAUUGCCGCGUCCAGCACUCCCACCCCCAUCCGCAAACAAUCCAAGCGACGUUCCAACAUUUUCACAUCUCGAAAGGGCAGUGACACCGAUAAAGACAAGAAAAGCAUAGAUGGUAAACCAGACAAUAUUGGGAGUGGGCGAGCUAUCCCCAUCAAACAGGGGAUUCUCUUGAAGAGGAGUGGGAAGUCACUGAACAAAGAAUGGAAGAAGAAGUAUGUGACACUCUGUGAUAAUGGUGUUUUGACCUACCAUCCCAGUUUACAUGAUUACAUGCAGAAUGUUCAUGGCAAAGAAAUCGACCUGCUACGGACGACGGUUAAAGUGCCAGGCAAGAGGCCUCCACGGGCAGCAGCGGGUAACGCUCCAAGUGCCAGUCCCAAAACCAAUGGGCUCACCAAGGAUAGGAGUAACCUGCAACUGGCUGCAAAUCCGGAUGGUGAGGAAUCUUAUGAGUUUGUGAUUGUGUCGUUGACUGGGCAAACGUGGCAUUUUGAAGCCUCGAACUCUGAGGAGAGGGAAUCAUGGGUGCUGGCGGUUGAAAGUCAGAUCUUUGCCAGUCUACAGUCAUGUGAAAGCAGCAAAAACAAGUCUCGAUUGGGAAGCCAGAGUGACGCCAUUGCAAUCCAGUCGAUUAGGAACAUGCGAGGGAACGGAUUCUGUGUUGACUGUGACACACCAAAUCCUGACUGGGCAAGUUUGAACCUUGGAGCCCUCAUCUGUAUAGAGUGUUCCGGAAUCCACCGGAACCUGGGUACACACUUGUCGCGGGUUCGCUCCCUCGAUCUGGAUGACUGGCCUGUUGAACUCAUCAUGGUGAUGACUGGAAUUGGGAAUGCCAUGGCCAACAGUGUGUGGGAAGACUCGACACAGGGCCUGACUAAACCCAACCCGGACAGCAGCAGGGAGGAGAAGGAGCACUGGAUCAGAGCCAAGUACGAACAGAAACUACUCCUAGCAGCCCUGCCACAAUCGGACAUCCCCCUGGGACAGCAGCUGCUCCGAGCUGUGGUGGAGGAUGAUCUCCGGCUGGUCGUCCUGCUCCUUGCUCACGGAACCAAGGAAGAAGUGAAUGAGACCUACGGAGAUGGAGAUGGCCGGACUGCAUUGCAUCUGUCCUGUGCCAUGGCCAAUGUUGUUAUAACUCAGCUUCUUAUAUGGUACGGAGUCGAUGUGAAGAGUCGGGAUGCUCGUGGACUGACACCAAUGGCAUACGCUCGGCGAGCAGGAAGUCAGGAGUGUAUCGAGAUUCUGACACAGUAUGGCUGUCCCAGUGACAACUUCAUUCCCAUCCCAACCCCAAACCUAUCACGCAGGAACACCAACGUUAAUAACAACUCGCAGUCAGAGCUGAAUCGAAGUGCCAGCAUCAUCUAAUCUCCCGACAUUCCGAGGAUACAGCUCCCAGCCAUUCUUGUUUAUAUGUUCUCUCUCCCCCCAGCACCCUCCCUGUCUCAAACAGCAGACUGACGGACCUUCUCCUCACUGACCAUUGCUGCUCCAUGAAUGACCCAGUUUUGCGGAGUGUUUCUUUCUUAAUUAUGAUGUGGUCUGGUGCACAUGCUCAAACCUGCAAUCCUGAUGCUCAAGUCUAGGUGACUAGGGUGAAAGAGACACUGAGCCUGAUCCUGGAUGGACACAGACUACAGGGCAGGACACAGCACCCAGCAAUGUCAAAGGCAGAAUCAUGUUAUUACUGCAAAAGCAAAUACCCCAAGGAGCAUCAUUCAGUUUACUCAAACCAAGCAUACCACACUGAGUGGUGCAGGCACCCUAGAGGGCAGAGCAAAGUGUAUGAAAGUGUGUGUUACACACUGCAGGCAGUCCCUGGGUUGUGAAUGGGUUCUGUUUUCAAGUCUGUUCAUGAGUCGAUUCGCACCAAAGUCAGAACAAAAUACAAUACAAUAUAAGGAUCUUUAAAAUUAAUAUCAAUACACCCCUGUGUGGGAUCGCAUCUUUAAGUACAAGUGCUCGUAAGUCAGACAUUGGCAAAUUGGAGACAACCUGUGGUGGGUGUGUGUGUGUGUGUGAACACUAAUCAUGAAUGUCCGUUUAUACACUAAUGAUGAAUAUUCGGUGUAUUUGUACAAUGAUUGUGAGAGAUUGUGUCAUACACUAAUCAUGAAUGUCCGAUGUAUUUGUUACACAGAGUGUGGGAGUGUGUGUUAUGCACUAAUGGUGAAUGUCAUAUGUAUAAUAGUGGUGUGAAAUAUGGAUGCUUGUUUGAUUUUGCCAGUUCCCCGUGUCCCAUGCAUUCCACUUGUCUUUCACUCUAUUUUCUCUCCAGUACAGGUCGGUGCUGGGCUGCAAUCCUUAUGUUAUUGAUUGUCACUGACAAUGGGAACUCUGCUCCCCUUGUUCCUCCUUGCUUUUGAAUCCAGAAUGACAGGUUAUGGUGAAUGGAGCAACUUCAGUUCCCUCUGGAGAGUGGGUGAACAAUACAUGGAGUCUCUUCUUCACUGGAGGAAAGUUUGGAAUCAAGCUGCCCUAAAAUCAUCAGGAUUCUAAUUAACAGAACAGGAACUGGAUACUGUUUGAAAUGGGAAAUCAUAGACAGGCAUCAUGUCUACAGGGUCUGGGGUGUGUCUGGAGAUGCGGUCAGUGUGGCCAGAGCCUGGAGUGUGUCCUGGAGGAAUGGUCAGUGUGGCCAGAGCCUGAGUUGUGUCCUGGAGGAAUGGUCAAUGUGGCCAAAACCUGAAUUGUGUCCUGGAAAAGUGGUCAGUGUAGCCAGAGCCUGGAGUGUGUCGUGGAGGAAUGGUCAGUGUGGCCGGAGCCUGAAUUGUGUCCUGGAGGAAUGGUCAGUGUGGCCAGAGCCUGGAUUGUGUCCUGGAGGAAUGGUCAGUGUGGCCGGAGCCUGAAUUGUGUCCUGGAGGAAUGGUCAGUGUGGCCGGAGCCUGGAUUGUGUCCUGGAGGAAUGGUCAGUGUGGCCGGAGCCUGAAUUGUGUCCUGGAGGAAUGGUCAGUGUGGUCUGAGUCUGAGGCCUGUCCUGGAGGAGUAGUCAGUGUAAUACAGUUAUUUACUCUGCCCAAUGGUGUACACUGUGGAAUGAUGAUGAGAGCUCAUGAUGGAGUUCCAAAUUUGGAACCACCUGCCCUCCCUCCUUCUCCCAUUGGUGAAUCUUCAAUCUCUGGGUCAGAAACGAUCUGUGAGGUGUCGUACCCUCUGGCGUGAGAAGAGUCUCAGUCAGUACACUUGGGUGAACCGCACUCUACACUGACAGUUUCAUUCAUCCUGGAGUCACUGCUGAUCUGGAACACACACAAUCCACAUGCGGUGUGUACACUGUGUACAUGUCUGGACAUGGAAUCUGUGCUUGAGACUCAGUGCCAUUGAAGAUCAGUGGGCUGCUACGCCACCAGAAGGAUGAGGAGACAUUGGAGAGGGCACAGAACAGGUUUACCAGAUUGUUGCCUGGUUUGGAGAGUAUUAACUAUGAAGAGAGAUUGGACAAACUUGGUUUGUUUUCACUUGAAUGUCGAAGGAUGAGGGGCAACAUUGAUAGAAGUUUACAAAAUGAUGAGAGGCGUGGAUAGAAUGGACAGUCGGAGGGUAGAAAUGUCAAUUAUUGGGGGACAUCAGUUUAAGAUAGGAGGAAAGUUUAAAAGAGGCAUGAGAGGCAAGUAUUUUACAUAGAGGACUGUUAGUGCCUGGACAUAGUUGCCAGCGGAGGUGCUGGAGUCUGGGACACUAACCGUGUUUAAGAGGCAUCUUGAUGGAUACAUGAAUAGGCAGAAAACAGAGGGCUACAGAUCACAUAGAUACAAAAGGCUUUUAGUUUAGAAAGUCACCAUGUGUUGGCACGGUCUUGAUGGGCCAAAUGGCCUGUUCCUGUGCUAUACUGUUCUUUGACAGUGUAAGUGUGCGAGUGGCACUGUGAGUGUGACUGUGUGUCUGUCUGUCAGUCUGUGUUGGUGUUUUCAUGGAUAAAGUGUUAGAAUGAAAAUUCAUUGAGGAGUUAUGCGAAUGACUCAAUAACUUCAAUCAGGAUAGUACACUCAAGCUUUCCCACAUUCACUCUGUUUCCUCUUCGGAAUGACAUGUGCCUCAGUGGGGUCUGGUCAGCAGCGUCACUGACACCAAACUGGGGCAGAUUGUAAAUGACAAAUUGACUUCAAUGUUGCACUCGGAUUAAACAUCCAAACAGCUGGGUGGGUGUGCUGGCCACGGCUGUGGGGUUUAUUUGAGUCCACCUAAUGCCUAUCACUGUUUCUUGCUAAAUCUUGCUCUUUUAUUCACUGCAACAUGAACAGAUUUCCCAGGAGUGUUAGCACUCUCUGGGUAUGUGUACAGACAAAGGUAUCUGUGUACAUACAGGCAUAUACAGGCAAGUACAGCAUACUGUAUGAUACCAUUGUGUGACUGAUAUUAUUGUAGUAGAUAUGGGCAUUUUAUUAUGAGUGCGGACAACAUACACCAUAUGAGUAUGUGCAUCCGAGAGGGCUGGUAUUGUAGGUAUGGGUAGCCUAUGGGCAGUUUUAUUGGUGCAGGAUUGAGCAGCCCUGAAUCCGUCUGGAAAAAUGAUUCUAACUGUAGCUGUCUGAAAAUGUUUCCUGUCCAAUUACUAGUCCAGUGCUGUGGUGGAACCGUGCACAAAACAGGUCCCGGCUUAUCCCACAUCACCCUCUCUCCCACCUACACGAACAUAUUGUAUUCAUUUGCAAAGAAUCAUUUUCAUCAAUUGAAAUGUUUCUUUAUCGUGUCAUGUUGGGGCUGGUUUCCCUCCCUAAAACUUCCAGGUGAGAUCCUCAGUCAUUACAGCAUAGAAUUUCCAUCUGUCCUGCCGAUUCUGUCCUGGGGAAAAGACUCAGUCGGUGGACUUCGGACUGGAGAAGUGUCUGACGUUUGCAGCAAAGAGCUUCUGAGCUGAGCCGACAGUUUCCCAUGUGGUCUGCGCCUUCUCCGUCACAAACCCAGUUACACUUCCCUUCCAUAGGGGACAUCCUGGACGUUUCACUCCAAGUCAAUGAUCAGGAAUCGUGCUUUAAUUUCCUUCUGUCUGAAACAUUUGCUGUUAACAAUCGUGGAAUUGAAAUUGUUCCUAAAUGGUGUCCAUGGAUUUCUAUUAACCCUUUCAUCAUCUUAUUUCAAAGCAGCAUAAUCUACUGCAGUCAUUAGGUACAGUGAAACACUAAAACCACUUACAAUUUAGAAGUUAGGUCCGUAUUACCAUGUUUAUACACCCUUCGCCAUAAAGGUACUUGUGUAUAAUAUGUAUAUUCUAAAUAUUUAUAUUGCUGGCUGUAAAUAUUAUUUGGAUGUUACUCUGUGUUCAGUUUUUCUCUGUGUGCUUGGACAGUGUUGACAGAUCCAUACCCAGCUUAAUAAAAAACAGCAGCUGUGCUCAGUU